AUGGCAUCGCGCUUCCUCUCACCAACGUUGCGCGCGCGCGCCUCCGUCAACCCCACACCUGCCUUUAGAAGCUUUCAUACCACAAGAAGAACUCUCGCAGAGAUAGCUACACCAUUACCUGUAAGGAAGCCAGUAGGAGCUUUCAGAGGAGGACUCUUCGGCUUCUUACUCGGUAGCACGCUGGCUGGUGCAGGUGUCUACUAUUAUAUCCUCGAGGAAUACCGGGUGUCGAAUGAGUUGUUGACGGAGGAUAUUUAUAGCUUGCAAGCUUCGGUUCAACGCGUCCAUAGCUACGUGCAAACCUUGGAGGAACAGCUUGCUGAGCUCAAGAAGAAAUGA